AUGAAUAUGCCAAAGGUUAUUAUAUUAGCUGUUCCUGGCGUCGAACCGAUGGAAGUUGUGUGCCCAGUAGAUCUUCUUCGUCGAGCAGGUGUUGAUGUUAAAAUUGCUGCUGCAUGCACAAAUGAAAUACAAGUUGAAGCUUCUUUUGGUAUCAAAAUUGUUGCUGAUGUUAUGUUUGAUUCUAUCAAAAAUGAAACAUUUGAUCUUGUAAUUGCUCCUGGAGGAAUGUCAGGACCAGACAACCUUACUAAUAAUCAAGAUACCAUAGAGUUUAUCAAGCGCCAUGAUAUGGCCGGCAAACUUGUUGCUGCAAUAUGCGCAGCUUCAGGUUAUGUUCUUGCUAAAGCAUGCGGUAUCAUGAAAGGUAGAAAAGGAUGUAGAUAUCCUGGACUUGAUACUCCUAUUGAAGAAGCUGGUGGAGAGUUAACAACAGAUAUAGUUACACGUGAUGGUAACGUUAUAACAUCCCGUGGCCCAGGUACAUCAUUACAAUUCGGAAUUGCCCUCGUAGAAGCCCUGUUUUCUAAAGAAAAGGCUCAAGAAAUUGCCAAAAAUGCUAUCCUCUCCAAUACUAUAUAA